AUGGAUCCGACCGAGAAACCUACGCCGCUAGACAGCGAUGUCCCUGGAGGUUGGAUCUCCAGGGGCACUAGCUCUGUGGACAACGGACGACAACAAUCGUCAGAGACGACGACCAGGACGGGCCAUAAUACCAGCGACACUACUCAAGUCUUCAGCGCAGGAGGCGCUGUAGGUGUCCUGCACAAUGAACCCAAUGGCGCAGGCAACGAUGAUGGCUUCGAGAAAGAUGUUCAUCCAGAGGUUGCUCUUGGACCUGGUAUCGAAGAGACCAUUACACAUGAUUCUGCCUCCGACGAUGACGAUGGCGACAUGUCUCCCGUCAAGACGAAAAGGGACCUAGAAGACGAACCAGCUCUUGCAGAACGACGGCCAAGCAAGAGGUCACUCACAGAAGACCACCUAAUCCGGCACCUAUCACGACGCAACUCGCAACGUUCUGGCGAUGGCCUCAGCAGAGCGACGACCGAGACCGAAGCCGCCGAAGAGCAGGAGGAGAUCAACCGUCUCAUGAGUCGCAUGUUCGGCCGCACGCGACAAGAACACUCUGAAGAAGAAAAGACACGGCACGUGGGAGUGGUAUUUAAGCAUCUGACCGUCAAAGGAAUGGGAUUGGGGGCUGCUCUCCAACCAACCGUGUCCGAUCCUUUUCUUGGAAUCCCUCGCUUAGUGAGCGGCCUGUUCAGCAAAGGAAGGAAGGCUGUCGGCAAACCACCUGUGAAGACGAUUAUCGAUGACUUCUCUGGUGUUAUUCGGCCUGGCGAGAUGGUGUUGGUGUUGGGUCGGCCGGGGAGUGGUUGUAGUACGUUUUUGAAGGUUAUUGGCAACCAGCGGUUUGGGUUCGAAUCGAUCGAUGGAGAUGUUCGCUAUGGUGGUACGGAUCACCAUACGAUGCUUAAGAAGUAUCGUGGCGAGGUACUGUACAAUCCUGAAGACGAUCUGCACUACGCGACCCUUUCCGUCAAGGCUACCCUCAAGUUUGCACUACAGUGCAAGACGCCCGGGAAGGAAUCUCGCAAUGAGGGUGAGAGCCCAAAGGACUACGUCAAGAACUUCCUGCAGGCCGUCGUCAAACUCUUCUGGAUCGAGCAUACGAUGGGCACGAAAGUCGGCAACGAGUACGUCCGUGGCGUCAGUGGAGGCGAGAAGAAGCGAGUUUCCAUUGCAGAGGCCAUGAUCACAAAGGCUUCUACUCAAUGCUGGGAUAAUUCCACUCGUGGUCUGGACGCCAGCACUGCUCUCGAAUAUGUCAGCGCUCUUCGAAGUCUCACCAACAUGGCACACAUUUCCACUUCCGUCGCCCUCUACCAAGCCGGCGAGAACCUCUACAAGCAAUUCGACAAAGUUCUCCUCAUCGACGAAGGCCGCUGCGCCUACUUUGGCAGCACCGACGAUGCCGUCCACUACUUCAAAGAUCUCGGCUUCGUGCAACCUCCUCGCUGGACGUCCGCUGAUUUCCUCACCUCCGUCACCGACAAGCACGAGCGACACAUCAAGGAAGGCUGGGAGAACCGCAUUCCUCGCAAUGCCGCCGAGUUCGGAGACGUCUUCCUCAAGAGCGAACAGCAUCAGCGGAAUUUGGCUGAGAUUGAGGCUUUCGAGCAGGAGACGCAGAAGCAGGUCGAGGAGCGAGAGAGGGAGCAAGGAAAGUCUACGAAGCGGAAGAAUUAUACGAUUCCGUUCCAUAAGCAGGUCUGGGCUUGUACGCAUCGACAGUUUUUGGUUAUGUUUGGUGACAAGCAGAGUUUGGGUGGGAAGUGGGGUGGCAUCCUUUUCCAGGCGCUCAUCGUCGGCAGCUUGUUUUACGAUAUGCCCAAGACGAGUGCCGGCGUGUUCCCACGUGGCGGUGUACUCUUCUUCAUGCUACUCUUCAAUGCUUUGCUCGCUCUUGCUGAGCUGACGGCCGCCUUUGAAUCCCGCCCAAUUCUCCUCAAACACAAGUCCUUCCAAUUCUACCGACCAGCCGCUUUCGCGAUCGCCCAAACCGUCGUCGACGUCCCUCUCGUGCUGGUUCAGGUCCUCAUCUUCGAUAUCGUCGUGUACUGGAUGUCGAACCUGCAACGAACAGCCUCGCAAUUCUUCAUCAGUGUCCUGGUCCUCUUCCUCCUGACAAUGACCAUGUAUGCGUUCUUCAGAUCGAUAGGGUCCCUUUCCCGGAAUCUGGACAUCGCCACGAGGAUCACCGGUGUUGCUAUCCAAGCUCUGAUUGUCUAUACUGGUUAUUUGAUCCCGCCGAGCAAGAUGCACCCGUGGUUCAGUUGGCUGCGAUGGAUCAAUCCGGUUCAGUAUGGGUUUGAGUGUCUCAUGGCGAACGAGUUCUAUAAUUUGGAGAUUCAGUGCGUUUCGCCAAAUCUGGUCCCGCAAGGCCCAAAUGCGACUGCACAGUAUCAAGGCUGUACGAUUCAAGGAAGUACUCCAGGGUCGGACAUCGUUUCAGGUGCAGACUACAUUCAAGUCGCCUAUCAGUACAGUCGCAGUCAUUUGUGGCGAAAUGUUGGCUUCGUGUGCGCCUUCUUCGCAUUCUUUGUGGCUCUGACGGCUUUUGGAAUGGAAGUGCAAAAACCAAACAAGGGCGGUGGCGCCGUGACAAUCUACAAGCGCGGACAAGCUCCAAAAUCGGUCGAAGCCGCCUUGGAAACUGGCCGACAGGACAACGAUCUGGAAAAAAACAACCCCGACGCGGCUAACGCCCUUUCAGCGGAUCCGGAGAAGGACGAGAAGCCUGGUGAGCCGACCUCAUCUGAUUCGGAUGAGCAGACCGAGGCGGUUGCCAAGAAUGAUACUGUUUUUACCUGGCAGAAUGUCAACUACACGAUCCCUUACCAAAAGGGUCAGAGAAAGUUGCUUCAGGAUGUGCAAGGAUAUGUCCGCCCUGGAAAGCUCACUGCUCUCAUGGGAGCAAGUGGUGCUGGCAAGACGACCCUGCUCAAUACUCUCGCUCAGCGGAUCAACUUUGGCAAAGUAGAGGGUGACUUCCUCGUCGACGGACGACCGCUCCCCAAGAGCUUCCAGCGCUCUGCAGGUUUCGCCGAGCAGAUGGAUGUCCAUGAGCCGACUGCGACGGUGAGAGAGGCUUUGAGAUUCAGUGCCAAGCUACGACAACCUCGCGAGGUUCCACUCCAGGAGAAGUACGACUACUGCGAGACGAUCAUCAAGCUGCUCGAGAUGGAGAACAUUGCUGGGGCAACUGUUGGCACUAUUGGGAAUGGUCUUAACCAGGAACAGAGGAAACGUCUUACUAUCGGGGUGGAACUUGCUAGCAAGCCCGAACUGCUCAUGUUUCUCGAUGAGCCGACUUCUGGACUUGACAGUGGAGCGGCGUUCAACAUUGUUCGAUUCCUCCGCAAGCUGGCUGACGCUGGACAAGCCAUUCUCUGCACGAUCCAUCAACCGUCUGCUGUUCUAUUCGAGGAGUUCGACGAAUUGAUCCUGCUGAAAUCGGGAGGUCGCCUCGUAUACCACGGCGAACUCGGCCACGACUCGCGCAAAAUGAUUGACUACUUCGAAGCCAACGGCGCAAAACACUGUCCCAGCAAAGCCAACCCAGCUGAGUACAUGCUCGAAGCCAUCGGCGCAGGAAACCCGGACUACGACGGCCAAGACUGGGGCGACGUAUGGGCCGCAUCCAAAGAAAAGCAAGCCCGCUCCGACGAAAUCGAAUCCAUGAUCGAGAAGCGCCGCAACGCAGAAGUCUCCGCCAACCUGAAAGACGACCGCGAAUACGCCAUGCCGCUCAUGACCCAAGUCUAUACGGUCACGUACCGGAACUUCGCCGCGUACUGGCGCAGUCCGGACUACCUCAUCGGCAAAUUCAUGCUGCACAUCUUCACGGGUCUCUUCAACACGUUCACGUUCUGGCACCUGGGCAACAGCUCCAUCGAUAUGCAAUCGCGCCUCUUCUCCAUCUUCAUGACGCUGACCAUCUCGCCGCCGCUGAUCCAGCAGCUCCAGCCGCGGUAUCUGGAUUUGCGGAAUAUCUACAAGUCCCGCGAGAGGAAUUCCAAGAUCUACAGCUGGUUUGCGUUUACGACUGCGGCGGUCUUGCCGGAGUUGCCGUGGUCUUUUGUGGCCGGGACGAUCUACUGGUGCUGUUGGUACUGGGCGACUUGGUUUCCCAGGGAUACUUAUACUUCCGCUUCGGUCUGGCUGUUCGUGUGUCUCUUUGAGAUGUACUACGUCAGCUUCGGACAGAGUAUAGCUUCGUUUGCUCCCAAUGAGCUGCUGGCGUCGAUUCUGGUCCCCCUCUUCUUCCUCUUCGUCGUCUCCUUCUGCGGCGUCGUCGUCCCCUAUGCUGGCCUCCCCUACUUCUGGCGUUCCUGGAUGUACUGGCUCUCCCCCUUCCACUACCUCCUCGAAGGCAUGCUCGCGCUGGUCACAAACGGCGUUCCCGUACGCUGCGAGGAGAGCGAGCUCGCCAGAUUCUCAACACCGCCUGGACUGGACUGCCAGAGCUAUGCUGGGCCCUACGCUCAGCAGGCCGGCGGAUACGUCACGACGCUGUCCGAUGGCUUGUGCGGGUUCUGUCAGUAUCGGGAUGGGAAUCAGUUUGCGGCGACGUUUAAUGUUUACUACUCAAAUGUCUGGCGCGAUUUCGGAAUUUUCUGGGCCUUCACGUUAUUCAAUUUCGCGGUGGUGUUCUUUGGAUCCUACAUGUACCUUUCUGGAGGCAAGAAACUUGUUGCCAAGCUCAAGUGGAAGCCUUGA